UCAUAGAAAUUAAAAGUAAGUAUGGACACCUUACUUUCCAUUUGGAAUGACAUUUUACCAUGUGCCAAGUUCUGCAACUAUGAAUAUAAUAAGAGUAACAAUUCGUUUUUUUAAUGUGUAAUAAUGAAUUUGUGGUCAGAUGAAGUGGGGAAGGUCACUGCAUGUCAUGGCAUGUUUGUGGAAAGUUUACCAUUUUCCUUGGCUAUACUACAAAGGGGAUCAAAAUGUAUAUAAUUAACUCAGAAUAUACUUUUAUCCUGGAUUACGACAGACUGAGUUUAAGCUGCAAGAGAUGCGUCUCACUUUUACAAACUAAAAUCUACCGUCAUGUCGGUUUUGGCUGGAGCUCUCGAUGACGUAUGCUUGUCACACAGUGAGUGGUACUCCGAGAUGUCACCAUGUGGGUGAUGGAGAUGGGCAUGGGACCUCGUCACACACACACACAUACAUACACAUACACACACAAACACACAAGCCACUUGCUGAUUGGACAAUGGUCUCCCAGUCCCCAUAUCUCUCAAUGACAUUAUUCACUAAUUAUCUCUCCCUUUUCUGUUGUAUGAAUAGACAUGGCAAAUGGCAAUGGCUUUGGGCACUUUAUUGUGCACAUGAGCAGGUCAGUCGCAUUCAAACAGGUUAUAGUUGUGAUUGCUGGGGUCUGUCCCUUCUACACAAAACUCUUUGCUUUACACAGUGCCAUCCAAGUUAGUGAAAGGCGUUUGUUGAGUGGGAGUCAUGUGGGAGUAAGCUCCUUUUUUACCAGUUGGACCUGACAGGAACUCAGCUUUCACACAUACCUUUUAAUGAGAAGUGAGUACGACCACCACAAGGCUAUUCUGGGCAGUUAAAAAAGGUCAUUCAAGGAUGCCCUAACUAUGGGAACAGCUGAGAGCAAAAAAAGGAAACACAAUUCAGCUAAUCCAAACAGUAUACACAAGGAAAUACAUUCCCACAAAAACAACAUGGCAGAUCAGAAAGAUAACGCGCAUGACUUCAAGGUUCAGACGGCCAAGCACUCCAACAUGAGCACAGCAUCCAUGCGACCGCCCAGUGAACAGUCCAGGGACAGAGCGUCCAAGAGGCUCUCGUCUGAGUCCAAUGGGAACAAUGAAGGUGGUGUUGGAGCGUCUACUCCAGUGGAACUGACUGCACUGGAAGAGUCCUUCCGCCGCUUCGCCAUACACGGGGACACGCGGGCCACAGGCAAGGAGAUGCAUGGCAAAAACUGGUCAAAACUGUGCAAGGACUGCAAUGUAAUCGACGGAAAAUCCAUCACCCUCACUGAUGUCGACAUCGUCUUCACUAAAGUCAAGAAGAAAUCCUGCCGUAACAUCACGUUUGACGAGUUCAAGGCGGCACUGGGAGAACUGGCCAAGAAGAAAUAUAAAGAGAAGCCCGCAGAGGAGGCCGAGGCUGAGGUCUUUAAGCUGAUAGAGGGGAAAGCGCCGGUUAUCUCCGGAGUCACGAGAGCGGUGGCGUCCCCCACGGUGAGCCGCCUCACAGACACCAGCAAAUUCACCGGCUCGCACAAGGAGCGCUUCGACAACAGCGGCCGCGGGAAGGGGAAGGCCGGGCGUGUGGACGUGGUGGACACGUCCGGGUACGUCUCCGGAUACAAACACGCCGGCUCCUACGAGAAGAAGCUUGCCAAGCCCAUGUAAGGGGGAAGGGAGAUAAACACUAGAUUGAUAUGGAUAAUUUUCUAUAACAACAGCACACACACACACGCACACACACAAUCUGAAAGCGCAAAAAAAAAAUCAUGUAAUCUCCCACUGGCCAUUUUCUGUUUGUCUGCCAUUUUGUUUUAGUUUUUUUAUUGUGUAAUUUCCUUUUGAAAGGUCAGAAAAACUGGAAAACUGUUUACAUCUUUUCAUCACCAGCUGGUACAUUCCUAUGUGAAAGUAAGGUACUGCCAAACCCUGAACAAAGAUAACAAUGAGAGAAUCUUCUGUACUAGCCAUAAUGACUACGUUAUUAUUAUAGGGCCGUAUAGUAUUUCAAAGUACAGUGAACUAUUCACCAAGAAACAAAAGCAAUAAACCUUGCACUUUUCAUGGAAAUAGCAAGUUUCCCCCGUAUUGAGCAUUACACUUUCAAUUUCCUCUCUGUAUAUUUUCAUAGUAGAUUCCGUUAUUGAAACCAUUAAAAACUUGAAUUGAUUAUACUUAAAUUGAUACCUCCCUCCUUAUUUAUAUGUGUGUCUGCCUUAUCUAUAGUGAAAUAAUAAUCAGUUAAUUAUUAUUUAAUCUUAAUAUUUUAAUAUUAAUCUUAAUAUUUUCAGAUUUCCAAGAUCCUUUACGUUAGGUCUAAUAGAACAAUCUUUUCCUUAUUUUAAACCACUUAUCGAAAACGAUAACGGACUGAAUCUGUCUAGGCAUCCCACUUACUUAAUUAAAUGAUGUUUAAUUUUAUAAAAAGGUUCUACUGUAGCAAUUAAAGAAGAAACAAGUAUAAGAGUAAAAGCAUAUAUAUUUCUGAACAUUUUAAAAUAUAGAUCAUAUGAAGUAUAUUUUACGUCCUGAAUUAUCCACAUUUGGAUUGAGAAGUUUUUAACAAGAACGUAAUAUUAAACGUCCCUGUAUCCGUACUUGUAAACUGCAUACAGAAACCAUUUUGGUGAUAAACAUUUAACAGAAACUCACACAGAACUAAUGAGCUGGGUUGGUGAAGAUUGUAUUUUUAACAUUGUACUUACAUUAUCUCUCUGUCAGAGUAGCAUACUGUGGUUCUAAUAUAUUGGUGGUAAGAUUUUGUAUAUUUCUUUUGAAUUGAUAGAGAUGUGUCUUUAUUUAAAACACGGGUUUCCUAUAUUCCUCUUUAAGCGCUGGAACAUGUAUACUGCAUCUAGUUCCGAAGCGCAUAGAUUCAUGAAAAAUAUGUAUGUUUCUGUCAUUUAACGUUUAAAUUCUGUAACCAAUGUGAAGACAUUACCUUCAUUAGAAAAAAAAAAGUGUAGAAUAAAUGGUGGACAUUGAACUAUAUUAAACAAAAUCAGAUGAUAGUGUUUAUUCAAAAUGGAAAGGGAAAAAGAAAAAAAUACUUUUUUUCCUAGCCUUUUCUCUAUUUUUUCAACAUAGUGGUGUACCAUUGUUGUUGAAGUGUUUGCUGUAAGUAUUAGCUUUAGUAUCUCUGGUCCAAUCUGUGAUGUAUGCUUCAUGCCAAAUACAGUGCACCUUUUACACAAACGACCAACAAUAAUGUCUUAUAUUAAUGUUAACUAUUGUGUCCUGGUGCAUGCUACACGUCUGUCUCUCUCUUUACAACUUGUUGAUAUGAUUUGUAGUGAAUUAUUGGAAAAUAAAAAAACAAAACAUG